CUCAGCCACACUUUGAUCGAUCUCGUCGGAUCAUACAUGCUGGAUAUUUUCGGGCCUAUUCCGCAUCGACAGAAAGUCCACGAGCCGCGACUCACGAUACAGCACUCGCAACGACGACAACCACCAGCGUCCAACUAUCUCUUGACAGCCUCGUAGAGAUUUAUCGCUCACAUAUCUCUGCCUCCCCACCUCCUAGUAAUCCACCCAUCACACCACAAUGGCCGACGACACGCGGAAUACCGUCGAUGUGAAUGCGCUUCCACCAAAGCCCCGCGCGCCCGCCAACACCAUGCCCGGUGGCACAGCACAUACAGCAGGAGGCGAAAAGACUUCAGACGGUGGUCCCACAUACAUCGACGCAGUACGGAGUCUCGGACCAGAAUACUACUUAAACUUCCACAAGCGACCAUGUGUAAGAGACAGUCAAUUGCAAGGACUCGCAGCAGGGUUUGCAGGAGGAAGCUUAGCUGCUAUAAUAGGCAAGCCGGUCAUCACAGCCUCCAACUGGGCCGUAGCAACCUGGUGCGGUGUGUCCGUCGUCUCCUACCAAGUAUGCCAGUACUACCGAUCGAAAGAAAAGGCCGGCAUAAAACAAGCACAAGAGCUCAUGGAGAAGAAGCGCGCAACUAUCGAGGCGAAGAAAGAGGCACGACGGAGAGCGAGGGAGGAACAGGAUCGACUAGAGGCAGAACGAAGGGCAGAAGAGGAGAGGAGAAAGAGCUGGAGCUAUUGGUACCAGAAGAACGUCAAGUUUUGGUAGAGUGUAGUAAGCAUGAGGGCUUGAGAGAUAUGAUGCCAUGUACAGUUGUGUAUAAGAAUAUGUACUAUAUGCGCCUUGACGCGACAUGAAUUACGUGGUAUGGGUCA